CGGUCCGGGUGACAGUUGAGCAUGGCCGGAGCUGAGGAGCCCGCGGGGCGGCAGGCGGAGCUGGAGCCCGUGGUAUCGUUGGUCGAUGUACUUGAGGAGGACGAGGAGCUGGAGAAUGAGGCGUGCGCCGUCCUGGGCGGCAGCGACUCGGAGAAGUGCUCCUACUCGCAGGGCUCAGUAAAGAGACAAGCACUAUAUGCCUGUAGUACCUGCACCCCAGAGGGAGAAGAACCAGCAGGAAUUUGCCUAGCUUGCAGUUAUGAAUGUCAUGGAAGUCAUAAACUUUUUGAGCUAUACACAAAAAGAAAUUUUCGUUGUGAUUGUGGAAACAACAAGUUUAAAAAUUUGGAAUGCAAAUUAUUUCCUGACAAAGCAAAGAUAAAUUGUGGCAAUAAGUACAAUGACAACUUUUUUGGAUUGUACUGCAUUUGCAAGAGACCUUAUCCUGAUCCUGAAGAUGAGAUUCCAGAUGAGAUGAUCCAGUGUGUAGUCUGUGAAGACUGGUUCCAUGGAAGGCAUCUUGGUGCCAUUCCCCCUGAGAGUGGAGAUUUCCAAGAGAUGGUGUGCCAGGCUUGCAUGAAACGCUGUUCUUUCUUGUGGGCUUAUGCUGCACAUUUGGCAGUAACCAAAGUAACUGCUGAAGAUGAUGGGUUGGUGCUGAAUGUUGAUGCGGUAGGUGACCAGGAAGUUAUUCAACCUGAAAAUGGAGCUCAUCAUGAUGGUGCCCUCAAAGAGGAUGUUCCAGAACAUGGAAAGGCUGCUGAGAAGGAAUUUAAAGCAGAGCAGAUGAACGAACCAUGUACCAGCUCUAGUUCUGAAGCUGAUCUCCAGACAGCAUUUAAGAAUCAACAUCUCAACACAGAAUCACAGUCUGGCUGCAGACUUCAGGAGCUUAAAGCUAAGCAGUUUAUAAAGAAAGACACCGCCACCUAUUGGCCCCUGAACUGGCGUAGCAAGUUAUGUAUCUGCAAAGACUGUAUGAAAAUGUAUGGCGAUCUAGAUAUCCUGUUCCUGACAGAUGAAUGUGACACAGUUCUGGCUUAUGAAAACAAAGGCAAGGUUGACCAGGCAGCUGACAGGAGAGACCCUCUAAUGGACACCCUUAACAGCAUGAACAGAGUCCAGCAAGUGGAACUUAUUUGUGAAUACAAUGACUUGAAGACUGAACUUAAAGACUAUCUCAAGAGAUUUGCUGAUGAAGGCACAGUGGUUAAGAGAGAGGACAUCCAGCAGUCCUUUGAAGAAUUUCAGUCAAAAAAGAGAAGAAGAGUGGAUGGGAUGCAGUAUUAUUGCAGCUAGACUGGAAUAUGGCACCUUCUCAUCCAGCCAGUGAAGAUGCCACUUACUGUUCCAGGAAUAAAAGAGGCAUAUUUCACCUUUGGUCCCCUUUCUGUCCUCUCCUUGGAGAGGCCUCCUCCUCCUGAUUUCGCAACCAGCAUUCUUCUUCCUGACUCAGCUAAAUGCAGCUCAUUCCACAGACUUGAGCCCCACCACGCCAGUCCA